GUCGAGUCCGGUGUGACAACAUAAGUCACUCGCUCCAUCCUGUCCCCUUCACUCCAUCCAUUGCGCCGCGUCGCCGCUGAGAAACACUUUCAUCUUUUGAGCGCCUUCCACCGUUCAUGCAUCUUUCAUAAAAUCUCCCACCUGCGUCCGUCCACGCGACAUCUCUCACACCCAUCAUGGCCACCGUCGCAGUUCCACCUACUCCUGCGCGGCCUGUCCCCGGCGUCUAUCCACAGACUCCUGCUCCACGCCCUCAAAUCCCUGCACCGUCCUUCCAAUCACCAGCUGCUUCCUUCCCCGGAUCAAAUCGUGCAUUACAACUAGCCUCUCACUCCGGUCAAACUCCUUCGACGUCGACAGACCUCGCGACACAAUCUACCGUGAGACAGCCUGAGCCUCUAGAACCUCUGCAGCGGGCAGCCAGGACCAUCAAUGAAGCACUCAUCACUGAAUCACGCUUCCCUGAAAUUGACCAUUACCUGAGCCAAGGUGCUUCCGGCGAUUAUGACAUCCAGGCCUCUACAACGUGGGCCCCCUUCCAGAAGGCCGGCGUGUACAAGAUUCCAGAUGAAGUCUUCGAGCAAUACCAUAAUGCCCAAUUGUCGACCAGCAUGGGUCUAUUCGCAGACUUGAACCACGCUUGGACAACUAUAGACAAUGCGCUAUACCUGUGGGAUUACACUCAACCGAACCCGGAGCUUCUAGGCUUCGAAGGUCAACCUUAUGGCAUCACUGCUGUCGCUCUGGCUGUUCCUCGUCAGAAGGUCUUUUUGCCGAAUAUCAACCACGUCAUCGUUGUGGCCACCACCGCCGACGUCUCCCUGCUGGGCUUGGGCGUGGACCCUAACGCAGGUGCUGGUGGAGGACUCUGUCUCUUUCAAACAGGAAUGUCGGCUUCAGUCAAAGGUUUGGAUAUUACCGUCAUUGCCAAUUCGCCAAAGUCUGGGCGCAUCUUCUUCGGCGGUCGUACCGAAAACGAAAUUUACGAGUUGACCUAUCAGCAGGAAGACCGGUGGUUUUCCAGCAAGUGCUCCAAGGUCUGUCAUACCGCAGGUGCGGGCAAAGCUCUAGGUUUUGCCUUUAGCUCCUUCUCCGGGGCUACCAAGGAAUAUGUCGAGCAGAUUGUGAUUGACGACAGUCGAGAUCUGCUCUAUACUUUGUCUUCCUUGUCAAACAUUCGAGUCUUUCGAAUCAAGUCGGAUGGUACCUUGACAUUGUCCAUCACCAAACCUGCUAGCUCCAUCUAUUCCAACAUCGCACAUCUCAUCUCUCCCAAUGAAACUCUGGUGCAAAGCAUCAAAAUCGUCUCCAUCUCGGCCAUCCCAGCCACUGAGGGUUCCCGGUACCACCUAGUCGCCAUCACAGCAACAGGCUAUCGAAUAUAUCUCAGUGCUACAAGCUCGGGUUUAUGGAACAACAGCACGGGGACCAUUAACAUGCAAGCUCAGCAUGUCAAGGUCCCUCCUCAAGUGGGCGUUCCAGGCAGCGUACUCAGUGCGGCCGCUGCCAAUCCACAACAAAUCCAGAAUUUCAACCAACCCAUUAAAACCCUGACAAAUACGAGGAUAGCAUCACGACUGGCGCCUGGGUACUUCUUCUGUUUUGUCGCUAGAGAACCCAAUUCUCCUACAGACCAACUAUUCAUCUCCGCACCUGAUGCCGCAAGAUUGGCGCGACCACCCGAAGCCGGACAGCCAAUCCGGACAGCAGAGUCCUCCAUCUGGCUAUCUCUUGGUAGCCGAACAGAAGAUAUUGGUGUCGUUGUGCCAUACAUCGCUCCCACUAACCAGCCAGCUGGUUUUGGCAACGACUUGGCUGUACAAUUUGACAAACCAAUUCCUGAAAUUGCCAUUUUGACCAAUACUGGCAUUCACAUCAUUCGACGGCGACGCCUGGUGGAUAUCUUCGCAGCGCUUGCCCGUGAGGGUGGCGGCGCUGAAGGGUUUCAGAACGAGGUCAACAACCUUGUCCGAGCAUAUGGUCGUACUGAGACACUGGCGACGGCAUUGGCAGUUGCUUGUGGUCAGGGUAUGGAAGUGGCUAAGGACCUCAAUUCCAUCCGAGUUAAUGACCCAGAAGUACUGGAUCUUGCAAGGAAGACUUUCAUCGAAUAUGGAGGCAAGCCGAGUAUCAACCAGAAUUCUAUCCCGGAUAGAUCAGUGCCACUUAUUGAUGCUGUCAAACCUUCUCCUCGCCACGCUGCGAUUGCCUUAUACCUAUCACGGUUGCUGCGAUCGACGUGGAAAACAGGCAUUGCUGUCGAAGAGACGACGCCUGCGGGAUACAUGAUUAGACCACGUGUUGAGAUCAAAAAGCUGAGGGAUGUGCAGGAAGCGCUUUCCUCUCUUCAGAGAUUUUUCAAGACAAACAAGUCUUUCAUCAGGGGUCUCAGUGGUCCAGAUGACCUGUCGAGCACUGGAACUCAAGAUGAUGAGAUUGCACUCAAGGGCGAGCAUCGCGCUUUGCAUUCACUGGUCAAGUUCACAUCAGACACCAUUGAGGGCCUAUCAUUUGUUCUGGUUCUCUUUGAAGAGAAAGUUGCAGAGAUUGUUCCUCUUCUCCCGGAGGCAUCUCGCCCACAGUUCCUUCAGUUGACGUUUGAAGAGUUGUUCACAACCAAGAAAGGAUAUGAUCUCGCCAAAGAACUUGUCAAGGCUAUUGUUAACCGCAAUAUUGCUAAGGGCUCAAAUGUGGAGACGGUAGCCGAGGCGCUUCGUCGGAAAUGUGGCAGCUUCUGUAGCGCAGACGAUGUCAUUAUUUUCAAGGCACAAGAACAGUUGAAGAGAGCAGGCGAAGCGGGUGGAAACGCCGAACUUGCCAGGAAUCUGCUGAAUGAGAGUUUGAAGCUGUUUGAACAGGUUGCUCACAGUCUUCCGAUGGAAUACUUGCAAUCUGCUGUUAGACAGUACACCGAACUGCAGUUCUACGCUGGCGCGAUCCAGUUGGUUCUCAAGGUGGCACAUGAGAAGGAUAAGGCGAAUGAAGCAUUAUCCUGGAUGGCCGACGGUCGACCAAGUUCUGAUGCCCGAGAGAACAAGUUUGCUGUACGGACUCAAUGCUACAACCUCAUUCAUGAUGUUGUCACUGCGGUGGACAGUAUCAGCGAUCGAGGCCCCAGCUUUGUGGACGGACGGCCGACUUUGAUUGCCACCAAGAGAAACGAGGCUUACGAUGUGAUUAGUCGAUCAAGAGAUGAAGUUUUCCUCACCAACUUGUACGAUUGGUACCUGCAACAGGGAUGGUACGAUAGGCUACUUGCCACCGAUUCGCCAUUCAUCCCUACGUAUCUACAACGCAAGUCGUCCGAGGAUAUCAACUAUGCUGACUUGCUGUGGAAGUACCAUGGACAAGUCGGACAGUUUGGAGAAGCGGCUAAGAUUCAACUGGACCUGGCGAAGAGUAAUUUUAAACUGUCACUGGAAAAGAGGAUUGAAUAUCUGAGUCGGGCGAAGGCCAACGCAUCGACACAAACACCUGGCGGCGGCAACCGAAGAACGAGGCAACAAUUGCUCCAGGAGAUUGCAACCCUAUUGGAUUCUGGGCUGAUUCAGGACGAGAUCUUACAGCGAUUACGAGAUGACCCCCGUCUCGUUCCUGAGAAGAGACAAGAAGUUCUUGCGCAAGUUGAUGGAAAGAUAUUGUCGAAUGACGACCUAUUUAAUAAUUAUGCCGACAACGCAGGGUACUAUGACAUCUGCUUGCUCAUCUAUGAGGUUGCGGACUAUCGAGACUCAUCACAGAUCAAGCAGACAUGGCAGCAGCUGUUGCAAUCCGUGCACGACCGCACAGUUAAAGAGGAUCAGAUCCAUCCAUUCGAAGCUCUGACCGAAGAGAUUCGAACGCUGGGAGCCAAGUUGAGACUCUCCGAAGCCACAUUCCCCGUGCACAUCCUCUUACCAAUCUUGGAGAAAUACUCCUACGAGCACCAACGGACAGUCGCACCAACCCACUGGGUGACGGACAUUUUCUUGUCCCUUGAAACCCCCUACGAAAGACUCUUUGAGGUGUUAGAAGACAUCUUCUUCGCCGGUGACGCCACCUACUCUGGUGGUCAACGGAAGAUUAUCGCACAGGAGAUUGUUUACGUGGUGACGAAAUGGUGGCAUGAUUCCGAGAGGGCCGGAGGUAUCCUUUUCGGCAGUGAAGCAGGAGCCGUUCGAGUCAGUGAAACACUAUCGGCUCUUUUGCAAGAGCAUCGUAGUGCAGGACUUGACCCCGAGACAGUGCAGCAUUGUCGGUCGCUGGUGGAACGACUCGCGCAACUUUUGGGGUGAUUUUGGGUGGACUUUAGUCUCCGGAUAGACAAUCAGACGGUAAUGAGGAAAAGUGAGGUUCUCCAGUUGGGACAGGACUGCUUCACUGGCUCAGGGUUUUGGCCGCAUUUAGCGAUCGAUGAUUUGUAGAGAUCCGGCUCCUCAGGUUCAUUUUGGUGGAUGAAUACAAUGACCGUUGAUUCCUGCAUUGAGUUUAUGGGUGAGGUAUGGUGUUGUGAUUGAUCAUGGAUGGCCCAUGAUGGACUUGAUGGACUUGAUCCAGUUGCGAGGGCCAGUGAAAUAGACGUACUGGUGGAAGAGGCAGUCAAAAUGAAGGAAUGCUUCCAAGUCUAUCUCGAGAUACGUUGAACAGACCAGCCGGGGUUCAUGAG